AUUUGGCAACAUAUGAGGGUAAAAUAGGAAAUUAGGAUGACUUAAGUGUAAAACAUGGGGGUGUUCUGGGAAUUUUAAAUAAAAUUCUGACAAAAAAAAAAAAAACAAAAAAAUAAUGAGUCAUAGUCCCUCAACUUUUGUUGAUUAGGCUUAGUCCCUCAACUUUUGGAGGUAAAACACCAAGUGUGAUGGGUAAGGGACUAAAAGUGCACAAAAAAAAUUGACAGGACUAAAAGUGCACAAAUACGAAAGUUUAGGGAGUGUAUUUUACCUUUACUCCUAGUUUGUAAAAACAAAAAACAAGAAUAUACUCUUGCUGUUCGUUCUUUCUCCCCCUUCACCUUCAUUUUACUUCCCAAUUGAAGCUGCUUCAAGAACUGAAGAACAAUCAAAUUGAAAUGGAGCAAAAUCAAAGACCAUCUUCUUCAAGAUCUUAUCAAUUACACCCAGCUAAAUCAGUUAUCACUGAUCUCUUCAACCUUUUUUUAGGGAGAAUUUCGCGCCAAAAAUCUGAUGAACAAACACCGAAUAAAGCACAAAAGCGUGUAACAGCGCUAAACAGAGAUCUUCCUCCUCCAAAUGAGCAAUUUGUUUCUGACUUUGAACAAGCUCUGAGGCAAUUUCCUGAUCAAGAGCAACUGCGUUUGGUAACAGAAGCUGUUCUGAUUUCUCUAGUUCUUCAGUGUUGUAGCCAUUCUCCACGGGCAGAAUUUCUUCUGUUUGCUUUGAGAAGCUUGUGCAGUAUUGAGCAUAUAAAAUGGGAUACUUUUUUACCAUCACUUCUCAGUGCAGUGUCCUCUGCGGAGAUGUCAUUUGGUCAAGGUAGUCGAGCUACACCUGCAGCCACCUCAACAGUAUCUCAAAGUGGGAUGUUGCCAACCACAAACACCAUAUCAGUAUCCUCUACUUUUCAGUCAAACCCUGCAUCACCAUUAAUCUCUGCUCAAAAUAUAGGAUCCCCUGCUCAAUCUGUUAAUGAACCAUCAUCUGCUGUAACGUCAUCUCCAGUAAAGCUGAAUGAGAUAUCUAGCAACCACCAACAGUCAUCCCUGAUGGUCAGUUCAGCAAUAAGGGAUAGUGCCAUAAGUAGUCUGCGUCAGCUCUGCUGUAAAAUUAUUCUAUUAAGCCUAGAGUCUACUUUGAAACCUGCCACACAUGCUGAGAUACUAUCUCAUAUGCAAACUUGGCUGGUCAAUUGGGAUCAAAGACAUCAAUUCAAUGAUGAAUCUGAUGCAAAAUCCUGGAGACUUGACAAGGCUCUCAUUGACUGGCUUCACAGUUGUCUGGAUGUUAUUUGGCUGUUAGUCAAGGAGGACAAAUGUCGUGUACCAUUUUAUGAGUUACUACGCAGUGGAUUACAAUUUAUUGAAAACAUACCAGAUGAUGAAUCCUUGUUUACACUUAUAAUGGAGAUUCACCGACGACGGGACAUGAUGGCUAUGCAUAUGCAAAUGUUAGACCAACACUUACACUGUCCAACUUUUGGUACCCAACGAUUUUUACCUCUAGCCACUCCUCAUUUUGGAGGUGAAGCAAUAACAAAUUUGCGGUAUUCACCUAUCACAUAUCCAAGUGUUUUGGGGGAACCAUUGCAUGGAGAGGAUUUGGCAGUUUGUAUCCAGAAGGGUACUUUGGACUGGGAUAGAGCUUUGCGGUGUAUUAGACAUGCUCUGCGUACAACUCCCUCUCCAGAUUGGUGGAAACGUGUGUUGCUUGUUGCCCCCUGUUACCGGCCACAACCUAAUGUAUCCUCUCCUGGAGCUGUUUUCACAUGGGACAUGAUUUGUGAGGCAACUGUUGACAGAAUUGUUGAACUAUUGAAGCUGACAAAUUCAGAGUCAAAUUGUUGGCAGGAGUGGCUUAUUUUUUCAGAUAUAUUCUUCUUUCUGAUGAAGAGUGGCUGCAUUGACUUUGUCGAUUUUGUGGACAAGCUUGUUUUGCGGCUGAUUGAAGAUGACCGCCAUAUUCUUCGGACAAAUCAUGUUACAUGGUUGCUUGCACAGAUUAUUCGUGUUGAGCUUGUUAUGAACGCUCUAAAUAAUGAUUCCAGAAAGGUUGAGACAACAAAAAAGAUCUUGUCAUUUCAUAGAGAGGAUAAGAGCUAUGAUCCCAAUAGCCCUCAAAGUAUACUGCUUGACUUUAUAAGCAGCUGCCAGAACUUGAGAAUAUGGUCGUUGAACACACUACAUAGAGAUCACUUGAAUAAUGAGCAGCUUCAGAAAGGAAAGCAAAUAGAUGAGUGGUGGAGGCAAGUGAGCAAAGGUGAACGGAUGCUGGAUUACAUGAAUAUGGAUGACAGAUCAAUUGGAAUGUUUUGGGUUGUAUCUUACACGAUGGCACAGCCUGCUUGUGAGAUGGUGAUGAAUUGGCUUAAUGCUGCUGGUACAGAACUAUUACCAGUCUCUGGUAUGCAGUCAAAUGAGAGACUUGUAAUGAUGCGGGAAACAAGUCCUCUACCAAUAUCACUAAUAUCUGGAUUCUCAAUCAACUUGUGCAUGAAACUUGCUUAUCAAAUGGAGGAUUCUUUAUUCUCUGGACAGGUUAUUCCUAGCAUUGCAAUGGUUGAAACCUAUACAAGGUUGCUUCUCAUCGCACCAUAUUCAUUGUUUCGCUCACACUUCAGUCAUUUGACUCAAAGGAACCCAAGCACACUAAGCAAGCCACUAGCAACACUUCUGGUUCUAGAGAUUCUGAAUUAUCGGUUGCUUCCACUCUAUCGGUAUGAAGGAAAGAACAAGAGCUUAAUGUAUGAUGUCACGAAAAUUGUUGCUGCAUUGAAAGGGAAACGCGGUGAUCAUCGUUUAUUUAGACUGGCUGAAAAUCUAUGCAUGAACUUGAUCUUGUCCCUGAGAGAUUUCUUUUCAGUGAAGAAGGAAGGAAAGGGUCCUACUGAAUUCACUGAAACUUUGAAUCGAAUUGCUGUCAUUUCUCUUGCUAUUAUUAUUAAGACGCGUGGAAUAGCUGAGUCUGAGCAUUUACUUUAUCUUCCUGCGAUGUUGGAGCAAAUAUUGUCGAGUAGUCAACAUACUUGGUCCGACAAAACUCUACGUUAUUUUCCUCCUGUUCUACGUGAAACUUUAGCUGGCCGUUCAGAUAAAAGGGGACUGGCUGUUCAAGCAUGGCAGCAGGCAGAGACUACGGUUAUCAAUCAAUGCACCCAACUUCUGUCCCCGUCAGCUGAUCCUUCUUAUGUAUCGACUUACCUAGGUCAUAGCUUUCCUCAACACCGGCAAUAUCUUUGUGCUGGUGCUUGGAUACUUAUGCAUGGACAUCCUGAAAGUAUAAAUAGCGCAAAUUUGGCACGUGUGUUGAGAGAUUUUUCCCCUGAAGAAGUGACUGCUAAUAUUUACACCAUGGUUGAUGUUCUGCUUCAUCACAUUCAUGUAGAACUUCAGCGAGGACAUCCUUUGCAGGAUCUUCUUAUGAAAGCAUCUACAAAUUUGGCAUUCUUUAUUUGGACUCAUGAGUUGCUUCCUUUGGAUAUUUUAGUCCUUGCAUUGAUUGAUCGUGAUGAUGAUACACAUGCGUUACAUAUUGCAAUCAGUCUACUUGACAGGCAAGAGCUUCAGCAAAGAUUGAAAUUAUUCUAUUUGACCCGUGGACCUCCUGAGCAUUGGCUAUAUUCUGGAAUAUUCAAACGUGUGGAUCUGCAGAAGGCAUUAGGAAAUCAUCUCUCUUGGAAAGAAAGGUUUCCUGUGAUUUUUGAUGAUAUUGCUGCCCGUUUGCUUCCUGUUAUUCCUUUGGUUGUUUACCGACUCAUUGAAAAUGAUGCUAUGGAUCAUGCUGAGAGAGUUCUGGCUAUGUAUAAACAAUUGCUAGCCUACCAUCCUUUAAGGUUUACUUUUGUCCGUGACAUAUUAGCAUAUUUUUAUGGUCAUCUUCCAGGAAAGCUAAUUGUCCGCAUAUUGAAUUUGCUUGAUAUACCCAAGAUUCCAUUUUCAGAGUCGUUUCCACAAUACAUUGCCCUAUCAAAUUCUUCAUGCCCUCCUCCGGAUUACUUUGCUUCCCUGCUGUUGGGUCUAGUGAAUAACGUCAUUCCUCCCCUUAGUAGCAGCUCAAAAUCAGGAUCGAUAUUAGAUGCUUCAUACCUUUCAGCGCGCUGUCCACCGAAUAAAAAUCCUGUUGCAAAUCAAUCUGGGCAAACAAAUGUUUCUGAGGUUCAGAAGGCUUUCUAUCAGAUCCAAGACCCUGGGACACACACACAGCUGGUGCUUGAAACAGCUGUAAUGGAAUUGCUUUCUCUUCCAGUAUCUGCUUCCCAAAUUGUGGCAUCACUUGUUCAAAUCGUUAUCCAUAUCCAAUCUACACUUAUUCAGUCCAGCCAUGGGUUGCAUGGAACUUCAAAUAGUUCGGGGCAAACCUCUGUGUUACCAACAUCACCUUCUGGUGGAAGCACAGGUUCUAUGAAUGCAAGUAGAUCUGCCGCACCAGUUUCUGGACUGAAUACGUCCAAUUUUGUUUCUCGUAGUGGCUAUACGUGUCAACAGCUAUCGUGUUUGUUGAUUCAAGCUUGUGGUCUUUUACUGGCUCAGCUUCCACAAGAUUUUCAUGUACAACUCUAUCUUGAGGUAUCACGUCUUGUUAAAGAGACCUGGUGGCUCAAUGAUGGGAAGAGGUCCCCUAGCGAGCUGGAUUCAGCUGUUAAUUAUGCUUUACUUGAUCCGACAUGGGCUGCUCAAGACAAUACCUCCACAGCCAUAGGCAAUGUUGUUGGUUUGCUCCACUCAUUCUUUAGCAACCUUCCACAAGAAUGGCUUGAAGGAGCCCAUGUAAUCAUAAAGCAACUCAGGCCAAUAACUUCGGUGGCUAUGCUUAGGAUAGUUUUCCGUAUAAUGGGUCCAUUGCUCCCAAGACUUGCAAAUGCUCAUACACUCUUUAACAAGACUCUCUCUCUUCUACUUGGUGCAAUGGUGGAUGUCUUUGGAAAGACUGCACAACCAUCCGUGCUUGCUCAGGCUUCAGAGAUAAUUGAUCUGAUUGACUUCCUGCACCAAGUUGUGCAUUACGAAGGGCAGGGUGGGCCAGUACAAUCUGCAAGUAAACCUAGAGCAGAGGUUUUGGUACUUUUUGGUAGAGCAUUGGAAAGUUUGCGACCGGAUGUACAACACCUUCUAUCACAUCUAACAACAGAUGUAAAUACUUCCAUCUAUGCCUCUACUCAUCCAAAGCUUGUCCAGAAUCCUAUGUCAUGAGCUCUCUCUUACAUUUCAUGAUUAGCCUCGUGCGAAUUGUGACAUUUUAUCACCUAUAACCAUUUUCUGAUACCUGCAUGAGAUACCUGAUGCCAGCCCUCAAAACUUGUCCCAUUCAAACCUGAAAAUGAUACUGCCCUCAUUCUUUGGCUGAGCUAUUCUGUUAUCUAAUCUUAUAGCGGUAAUCCUUAAAUGAGGUUGUGGAUGGAAUAAGGGAACCACCGCCUUUCUCAAAUGAACUGUGUACAUAUGAUAAUGUACUUUAAUGGUUCUUUUAAUUUAAUUUAAUUUAAUUUUCUUUUCUUUAGGAAUAUUAAUCAAUGUAUAUACAUCUUUUAUUCUAUUAAUAGCUAAUUGCUUUUGGUAAUA